CAUGGGACCGAAUGUUCAGCAAAGAAAUUGGAUAGACGCUAGGGAGGAAUGUAGAAAAAGAAAUAGGUCAUUGAUUGAGAUUAUCUCUGUCGAGAUGGAGCAAAUCGUUAAGAAUUAUUUGAAAUCUAGAAAUAUUUAUUCAAUAUGGACGGGUGUAUCUAAUAUAAUUUGGCAAGAAGUCAUUGAUGAUAAGGAUUUAAAAAACAAAUUAUGUGUGGUAUAUUCAGAAGAAAAACAGGAAUUUGAAUUAUUUAAAUGUACGACAUCAUUCCAACAUUUGACUUUUGGACCAAUUUAUACGGUUUGCCAAGAAAGCAAUUUUCAAGUAGAAGAUGUGAAAGAACCGAAAGAUAAUAGUCGCUUAAAGCUAUGUGAACGUACAAUUGAAGAAGGAAUUAGUAGUACUAACUAUUCGCAAACAACUAUUGGUCCUAAUUUACAUAUUACAACAACAACACCAAGUAAACGAGGUUAG